GAGCCGAGUGGAGCGUCGCUCUCUGCCGUGGAGGACCCCUGUAGCGGCCCGCCGAUGUGCGUGCUGGCGUCUCCCUCCGGGUCCGUGCCGGGACAGGCUGCAGCUUGACGCCCGCACGCCGCUCUGAUUGGCCGAGCUGCCCUCAUUCCUGAGACUUGUAGUGGCAGGCUGUAGGCUGGUAGCGAGCACGGUGCCGGCCGCAGCCUUUCGAGUCGGCGCCUCCGAGACGCCCAGAGGGCCUUGUGGGGGCCGCGGCCCCCCUGGGUUUUGAGUUUCCAGCGUGGACGGCUCGCUGCGCCGCGGUGUCCUUGACGAGGCUCCAAGAGGCCAUGUCAGCGGGCCUCCUGGUCUGAAGCCGCGGGCGGCCGAAUGUCUGCUCUACAGCGACUGGCAGGGCGGCUCUUCCAGCGGGGCCCACGCCCUGGCAGCCAUGAAGCGGAAUCCGGAGUGGAGUGCAACGCGGAAGAGCAGGAAUACGUGAAGGAGUUUCUCGCGAAAGCCAAAGAAGAUUUCCUCAAGAAAUGGGAGAACCCCGCACAGAACACGGCAUCCCUGGACCAGUUUGAAAGGAUCAAAACCCUGGGGACGGGCUCGUUUGGCAGAGUCAUGCUGGUGAGACACAAGGAGACGGGGCAGCACUACGCCAUGAAGAUCCUUGACAAACAGAAGGUGGUGAAGCUCAAGCAGAUCGAGCACACGUUGAAUGAGAAGCGAAUCCUGCAGGCCGUGAGUUUCCCGUUCCUCGUCAAACUGGAGUAUUCCUUCAAGGACAACUCGAAUCUGUACAUGGUGAUGGAGUACGUGCCAGGCGGAGAAAUGUUUUCACAUCUGCGGCGGAUUGGCCGGUUCAGUGAGCCCCAUGCCCGAUUCUACGCUGCCCAGAUAGUCCUGACGUUUGAGUACCUGCACUCCCUGGACCUCAUCUACAGAGACCUGAAGCCUGAGAACUUGCUCAUAGAUCAACAGGGGUACCUGCAGGUAACGGAUUUCGGCUUUGCAAAGAGGGUGAAAGGCCGGACCUGGACGCUGUGUGGGACCCCCGAGUACCUCGCUCCAGAAAUCAUCCUCAGCAAGGGAUACAACAAGGCGGUGGACUGGUGGGCGUUGGGCGUUCUCAUCUACGAGAUGGCGGCCGGAUACCCACCGUUCUUCGCUGACCAGCCCAUUCAGAUCUACGAGAAGAUUGUUUCUGGGAAGGUGCGUUUCCCCUCGCAUUUCAGUUCGGACUUGAAGGACCUCCUGCGGAACCUGCUGCAGGUAGACCUGACUAAACGGUUUGGAAACCUCAAGAACGCAGUCAACGACAUCAAAGGCCACAAGUGGUUUGCAGCGACAGACUGGAUUGCAGUUUACCAGAAGAAGGUCGAAGCCCCCUUCAUCCCCAAGUGCAAGGGUCCAGGGGACACCAGCAACUUUGACGACUACGAGGAGGAAGAAAUCCGAGUGUCCUUCACCGAGAAAUGUGCAAAAGAGUUUGCGGAGUUCUAACUGGGGGGUGAAAUGGACGGCGGGGGAGGGGGAGGGUCUCAUCUGUUGAGGGAGGGUGGGGGGUCUCGCCGAGUCCGUUUUUGAGGAGCAGUGCUGCUCCCUCAAAAUCCAAAUCAGCAAAAUGACUUGCACCAGCCAAAAGGGACAUUGCGCCUGCAGCCGCCGCUGGUGAGGAGUACGGUGGGCUCGUUUCCUUCUGUGUCUCUCUUGCUCCUUUGCCCCCCCCCCCCCUUUGUCUUUUUGUUUUUGCAUGUCUGCUGUUGGCUGUGCGCGGAGGGGGGGGUGGGGGAUUGGUGUUGGGGGUCCCCACUUGUGUUGAAUUCUGGGUGUGUGAGGCAGUGAGAAGUGACCUUGGCCCCACCCACUCCCACUUGCUUGCUCCGCCUACUCGCUCUUGCCUCAUGUCCCCUAGAGAGAGAGAGAGAGUAGUUUGUGCUAACUGGGCCCCUCCCACCUCGGUCUCUAUGGUCACCAGGCCCCGCCCUCGCUCACUCCGCCAGGGAGGCGUGGCCAUGCAGUAGGAGGAGAGCAGGGGCGGGGCACACACUCCUUUUUAUUUUUUUUUGUCGGUGCUUUGCUUCGGUUCUUUUAUUGUUUGUCUCGUCCCGUCCUGCCGCCAUCCCCUGUUGCCAGUUUGUCAUCGUGCUGUGACGUUGAGGUCACUCCCAUCAGGGAGGAGAGGCAGGUGCCACUUUAUCUUCAGAAGCCCCUUGGAGUUUGCUGUGCUGAAGUGGGGCUCAGGGGGGGGGGGGGGGAAGGGGAUACGGACCCCUGCUGGCAGCUCCCUUGUCUCCUCCCUGUGUUUUUUUUUAUUUUUUUGCCCCCACCCUGUGUUUCGCUGCCCCCCACGGCCCCCCGAUCUUCAUGCUCUCUUCUCCUCACCGCUGGAGUAGUUUUGCCUUCUUGUAUCCUGGGUUUCCUUUUUACUGUUCAAGAAGCAAAAAGGUUUUACUAAAAAACAAAAAAAAACAAAAGAAAAA